AUGGAAAUGUGCGAGCGGACUCCUUUAAAUCCGGGCUACGUUGGUUCUUUGCUUAAUUUGGCUGCGCCUGAUUCGCUAUAUUUCUCCAACCUUCGGGGCAAUGGAGCCCAUAUUCCCGGGCUUCACCAGGUCCCUUACAACAGGAGAGACAUGUGCACGUUCCCCUGGACUUCCUCAAGUUCGUGUGCGUCUGGGGGAGCAGCCACACCGCCAGGGCAGAGCCGCACAUUCGGAGGCUAUUGUCCACCGUUCCUACCCAACUCUGUGUCGAUAAACACCAGAACCAAGGCACCGGGCUUUCAAGACUUGAAUCACAAGCGAGAGCAGCCUGUCAGAGCGGAUGAAGGCUACGUGGCGGAGCGGGUCUACUCUGAGCUAGGCGGCAGACCACCGCUAGGCGCAGAUGCUAUGGGUCCAGUGAGUGAGUCCGUGCAGAUCGGGGGCCACGAUGCGCCCAGUGGGGACACAUGCGCCAGGAGCAGCUUCAGUGAAGGUGCCCCUUGGUGCUCGUCACAAGUCAAAACCAGAAAGAAGCGGAAGCCUUAUUCCAAGCCGCAGCUUGCGGAAUUGGAGAAUGAGUUCAUGAUGAACGAGUUUAUCAACAGACAGAAACGGAAAGAGCUGUCGGACAGACUGGACCUCAGUGACCAACAAGUGAAGAUUUGGUUCCAGAACCGCAGGAUGAAGAAGAAACGGCUGAUGAUGCGAGAGCAGGCCUUCUGUGCGUAUUGACGCACGGCCUUUGGACUUGAUCCUGACUAGCAACUUGUCAAUAAGAGACUGUUCAUAUGAAUGCCACCCAAGAACCACCGCGUUACUGGUUAUUAAACACUGACAGUCUAACUAAGAAGUCAUGGCACAGUAUUAUCCUAAUUGCUCAGUGUGAAACGGGCAAUUAUUCAUGCGCAAUAAGACAAAGGUUAAAAACCAGUCAGAUGUUAUUUUUCCAAUUCCAGAAAGGCCUUGUGUACACUGGCCUCGAUUCAUUCAACACACCUUUAGCGUAAAUGUUUAUAGUAAAGCAAACAUCUCAACGCUGAAACGUGCCAUGCACCGUAGUGUUUGUGCUAUUAUUGAGUUUUAGCUUGUGGCUGAGAUCAAGUUCACGUCUACGACUGAAGAUCAUAGAAGUGCAUGGUGAAAUAGCUGUAAUUCAGUCAAAUGCGUGAUGUGUUUGGUUUAAAUGCAAUGGGAAUUUGCGCGAGAACAUUGGUAUGUGGUUGGCUAUUUUAUUCAAAGCGCUUUGUUUAUGCACCAUGUCAUUAUUGGUAUUGAACAUAAUGAAUGUAUUAAUUAGGUGUGAGGAUUUACCAUGGAAAGUCUUUAAACAUGGAUUUAAGGUGAGGCCACAGAUCACACCGCGUGGGCUUCUCUGUUGUACUUGUUGUUAUAUACAUUAUUUAUAUUUGUGUUGCUUAUAUUAUUUUAAGGUCAUUCCUCAUUGCAUGUUUUUUGUAUAAUAGUGAAUGUGAAUAACAUCAAAAUGCUUUUGCGCACGGCAAUGCGUUUUUACGCAACCCUGGCGCGGCUACAUUUGUGAAUAAAAA